AUGUUCUCCGUAGGAACGAUCCCAGGCGGGACGCCGCAGAGCCCGGAGCCGGGGGCAGCUUCGGCCAGCUUUCCCAGCCUGGCCCCAGUGUCGGGCCGUGGGGAGGCUGAGGAGGAGGAGGACAACGAGCAAGAGCCGGCGGAGAUCUAUCUGUGUGCGCUGUGGACUUCAGGAUACUUGGGCAUCGCCUACUAUGACACUAGUGACUCUACCAUCCACUUCAUGCCGGAUGCCCCAGACCAUGAGAGUCUCAAGCUUCUCCAGAGAGUGUUGGAUGAAAUCAAUCCCCGGUCUGUUGUUACGAGUGCCAAACAGGAUGAGAAUAUGACUCGGUUUCUAGGGAAGCUUGCCUCCCAGGAACACAGAGAGCCUAAGAGACCUGAAAUUGUAUUUUUGCCAAGUGUGGAUUUUGGUCUGGAGAUAAGCAAACAGCGCCUUCUUGCUGGAAACUACUCCUUCAUCCCAGACUCCAUGACCACCACUGAGAAAAUCCUCUUCCUCUCCUCUAUUAUUCCCUUUGACUGCCUCCUCACGGUUCGAGCACUUGGAGGGCUGCUCAAGUUCCUGGGUCGAAGAAGAAUUGGGGUUGAACUGGAAGAUUAUAACGUCAGCGUCCCCAUCCUGGGCUUUAAGAAAUUUGUGUUGUAGGUGAUUUACCCUAACCUCAAGCAAAGUAAGACACACCCACACAUUCCUUUUUCUGCCGCUGCCUUGUAACAAGCUCAUUGCCUGCCCCUGCUCCCCACAGGAAUCCUCGAUAGAUGCCACUGUAAGUGGGGACAGAAGCUGCUCAGGCUAUGGUUCACACGUCCGACUCACGACCUGGGAGAGCUAAAUUCUCGGUUGGAUGUCAUUCAGUUUUUCCUACUACCCCAGAAUCUGGACAUGGCUCAAAUGCUGCAUCGGUUGCUGGGUCAUAUCAAGAAUGUGCCUCUGAUUUUGAAACGCAUGAAGCUGUCCCACACCAAGGUCAGCGACUGGCAAGUUCUGUACAAGACUGUGUAUAGUGCCCUGGGCCUGAGGGAUGCCUGCCGCUCCCUGCCCCAGUCCAUCCAGCUCUUUCAGGACAUUGCCCAAGAGUUCUCUGAUGACCUGCACCAUAUUGCCAGCCUCAUUGGGAAAGUGGUGGAUUUUGAGGGCAGUCUUGCUGAAAAUCGUUUCACAGUCCUCCCCAACAUAGAUCCUGAAAUUGAUGAGAAAAAACGAAGGCUGAUGGGACUUCCCAGUUUCCUCACUGAGGUUGCCCGAAAGGAGCUAGAGAAUCUGGACUCCCGUAUUCCUUCAUGCAGUGUCAUCUACAUCCCUCUGAUUGGCUUUCUUCUUUGUAUUCCCCGCCUGCCUUUUAUGGUAGAGGCUAGUGACUUUGAGAUUGAAGGACUGGACUUCAUGUUUCUGUCAGAGGAGAAGCUGCACUAUCGUAGUGCUCGAACCAAGGAGCUGGAUGCAUUGCUGGGGGACCUGCACUGUGAUAUCCGGGACCAGGAGACCCUGUUGAUGUACCAGCUGCAGUGUCAGGUGCUGGCGCGGGCAGCUGUCUUGACCCGUGUGUUGGACCUUGCCUCCCGCCUGGACGUCCUGCUGGCUCUUGCCAGUGCUGCCCGGGACUAUGGCUACUCAAGGCCCCGUUACUCCCCCCAACUCCUUGGGGUCCGAAUCCUGAAUGGCAGACAUCCUCUGAUGGAACUCUGUGCCCGAACCUUCGUGCCCAACUCUGCAGAGUGUGGCGGGGACAAAGGGAGGAUCAAAGUCAUCACCGGACCCAACUCCUCAGGGAAGAGCAUAUACCUCAAACAGGUAGGCUUGAUCACAUUCAUGGCCCUGGUGGGCAGCUUUGUGCCAGCAGAGGAAGCCGAAAUUGGGGCGGUAGAUGCCAUCUUCACCCGGAUUCAUAGCUGCGAAUCCAUCUCCUUGGGCCUCUCCACCUUCAUGAUCGACCUUAACCAGGUGGCGAAAGCAGUGAACAAUGCCACCAAGCAGUCUCUGGUCCUCAUUGAUGAAUUCGGAAAGGGAACCAACACGGUGGAUGGGCUUGCGCUUCUAGCUGCUGUGCUACGACACUGGCUGGCACUUGGACCCAUGUGCCCUCACAUCUUUGUGGCCACCAACUUUCUGAGCCUUGUUCAGCUACAGCUGCUGCCACAGGGGCCCCUUGUGCAGUAUUUGACCAUGGAGACCUGUGAGGAUGGGGACGACCUAGUCUUCUUCUAUCAGGUUUGUGAAGGUAUUGCCAAUGCCAGCCAUGCGUCCUACACAGCUGCCCAGGCUGGGCUUCCCGGCAAUCUCAUUGCCCGUGGCAAGGAGGUCUCAGAUUUGAUCCGCAGUGGGAAACCCAUCAAGCCUGUCAAGGAGUUGCUAAAGGAGAAGCAAAUGGAAAAUUGCCAGACGUUGGUAGAUAAAUUUCUGAAACUGGAUUUGGAAGAUCCCAACUUGGACCUGGACAUUUUCAUGAGUCAGGAAGUGCUGCCGGCUGCCACUGGCAUCCUUUGA